AUGCCCAGAGCACCCUUGCCCAUCCUGCCCAAUGUGAUCUGCCCGGUGCACUCUGCCCGUCCUGCCCGGUACAUCCCUGCUUGUCCUGUCUGGUGCGCUCUGCCCAGAGCAUCCCUGUCUGUCCUGCCCAGUGUAUCCCUGCCCGUCCCGCCUGGUGCAUCCCUGACCAUCCCGCCUGUGCCCUACAAAUUCUUCUCGGACCCGUCGGGCAUCAACGAGAAGCGGAAGCAGCGGCGGAUCCGGACCACGUUCACCAGCUCCCAGCUGAAGGAGCUGGAGAGGGUCUUCGCCGAGACGCACUACCCCGACAUCUACACCCGGGAGGAGCUGGCCCUCAAAAUCGACCUCACCGAAGCCCGGGUGCAGGCCCCAGCAGUGAGGAGCAGGUGA